CAACGGCAAUUAGACAGGGUUCAGAUCUGCUUAAAGCGAAAGAGGUAGAGGCAUCCACAUCCAGGGUUCAGACUGAAAACAUCUUAGUAUCUGUUAAGGAAAAAGAGGAGCAUAAUAUUGAAUUGAGGCAGGCUCUUCAAGAUAUGGAAAUUGAGUUAAGACAAUUAGAGGUCAGCAAAGAGUGUUCUGACAAAGAUUUGUCUGUAUUGUCACUAACCAUGUCUGAUAGAUUAGUUGCUUUAGAGGAGGAGAAUGUCUCCCUACAGACUAUGCUCAAACAGUUGAGAGAAAGACAUCAGUGUGAGGUAGAUUCUUUGAGGGGUGAAUUAAAUGAAGUUUCGGAAUUAUUGAAACGUACAGAGUGUACCCUUAACGAUAAAGAAAUGGACUAUCAAGGUAAGAAUCAACAGAAUGUUUUAUUUCAAGAAAAUAUACAGCACCUUCAUGCACAGCUCCAAACUGAGACUGAAAAUCUGAGAGAGGCAGGUAUUAAACAGACAGCUCUACUUAGUGACAUCCAAACGAAAGAUGAGCAGGUCAGCUGCAUGACCAUCCAAAUAAGUCACCAGAAGGAAUUGCUAGCAGGUCUCAGUCAACAGUUGAGGGAGAAAGAUGCUUCAGUAGCACAGGUAAUUGAAUCCGCCUCAAACGAAAGAAUGAAAUACGCAGAGGAAAAUAGUAAUUUCCUCUCGCAGCUGGAAAGCUUGGAAAAUGCGCAAAGUAGCUCUGUGAAACAGCUUGAACAUAUGUUCUUGCAACUAGAAGAGAGCAAAGCUCAUCUGUCACGCUCUCAAAGUGAACUUGAGACCAAGGAUUUGGAGAAUGGAGAUUUGGUUAAAGAAAAGGAUCAUCUCAACACUCAGCUCACUAAGUUAACCAAAGAAAAAGAGGUCUUGAAAAAGAAGCUCCAAGCUGCUCUGGUUGUAAGGAAAGAACUAUUGAAGAAGCUAGAGGAGCAUGAACAUCAAAUAGAGCAGAAUGUGAAUAAAGGAAUUGAGAUUUCAGGCUUACAGGAUAGGUUGCAAGAACUCACUUUACAAGCUGAAGCUACUACAAAAGAGCAUGAAGACAUUGUUGCAGAUAUUAAACGGCAAGUUAAUCAGAAAGAGGCUGAACUCCUAGAACUGGCCAAGGUCUUAACAGUGCGAGACAGUCUUGUGGAACAUUUUGAAAUAAAUAUGCAAACUUUGCAAGCGAAACUAGAUGAACAAGAAGCAAGUUUGACAACAGCUCUGCAUAAUCUCAAUGAAAAGAGCAUCAUCGUUGAUCAACUUAAUUCCAUCAUCUCUGAGAAAGACGAGGCUUUUGAACAGGAGAGAAGUGGUAUGAUGCUGAGGUUACAGAAGCUUCAAGAGGAUAUGAGAAAGAGCGAGGAGAGUUUGAAGGAGGACAUGUCAAGCUCCAGUGCGACAGCUGUUGACAUUGAAAACGAGUUAACGAAGGUGAAGCAAGAAAAGGCAAUGAUGCAGAAAAAGGCUCAAACUGCUUUACUGGCACGAAAAGAGACUAUAAAGAAGUCUCAAGAAAGUGAGAAAAAGUACACCCAAGAGCUUUCAGAAUUAAAAGAUGAUUAUAAAGCACUCCUGGAACAACACUGUCAGCAGACCAAUGACCUUAAUGCUGUCCAGUUAAGUUACGACCAGAAGGCCAAGAAAUUUGAAGAAAUCAGUCAGGCCUCAGUCUCUCAGCUAGGUGAAUUGGAGACCCUAAGACUGCUUGUACAGGAACGGGAUAAAACUCUUCAAGACCUCAACAUAUCCCUAUCAGAGAGGGAGAGUCAAGUCCAUGCCCCCUCAUCAUAUCAAGCAGAGCUAGAAACCCUUCACUUCAAACUGGAAAGCAUGUCCUCUGAGUUGGAAAAUAAGGACAAGGUUCUCAUAGCACUGGAACAGAAGUCCAAAGCAUUAUCUGAGAGAAUGAGCUGCACAGAAAGUCAACUUGAAAAAGCCCAUGCAGAAAUAAAGGAGAAGAUGGAAGAGCUCGCAAGACAGCAACAAGCAGUGGAGAUGGCCGAGCAGCAGCACCAGCAGGAAAAACAAACUAUGGUAGAUGACCACCUGGUGCUGCAGAACCAGUUGGGCGCAUUACAAGCCACAGUGGAGAAGCUAAAACACACCUUAGAAGCACUUGUUGGUGAGAAAGAAUCCCAGUCGCACAAAUUUAUAAGUGAAAGCAAAGAACUAAUAGAGGACAGGUAUCGAAUGAAAGGAGAGCUGGAGAAUGCACUCACUACCAUCGCCCAGCAAUCGUCUGAACUUCAAAUCCUCCAAAACACUUGGGCUGAAACUCAACAGCAACUCGGUGAAGAAAAGGAACAGCUAAAAGUGGAGCUUGAAAAAGCACAGUCCCAUUCUGCAGAGUCCCAGGCUGAAAUGGAAAGUCUUAAGCUGCACAUGGAAUCACUACAGCAGGAAAAAGAAAGAGCCUUCAUGGUCAUAGAACAAUUAAACUGUGAAGUUGCCAUGCUGGAUGCUCAGCUAAAGGAAGCUGGAAAAGUACAUGAGGAGCUUCUUCAAAAGAUACCUGGUUUGCAGGAUAAAUCCUCUGAACAGAUUGGGGUAAUUGGGAAGGAGGUCCAGUAUCUUAAGAUAUCCCCUGAAGAACAUGAGAUGAGUCUCAAGGAAAGAGAUGAUGCCCUGGUGAUUUCUCAGUCUCUGGCCACGGAAAAGGAAGAGCUUAUUGCUGCCUUGGAACAGCAACUGCAGCGGCAGAUUCACCUUCACGAAGUUGCCAUGGAAAAGAUGAGGACUGAAGUUGAUGAGCUUCAGCAGAGGUCUCAAGAAGAUGCCAGCAAAACAAAGGAUCAGGGCAACCAAAGCAAAACAGCACUUCUCACCAGGAAGCUUCAAGCAGCCUUAGUUUCCAGGAAAGAAAUCUUGAAAGAUAAUAGCUCUCUGAAGGAACAAAUGCGUAUACUCUCAGCUAAAAAUGAAGAAAUUGGGGCAUCAUCCACUGUACUGGAAAUGUCUGUUGCCAAGUUGAAACAACAAAAAGAGGACCUGGAGAGUUCUGUAUCAUCCCUGAGCAGGGAGAAAGAGAAGCUCAUUGCCGAGGUUGAUCGUAUCCUCAAUGAUAAUCACAAUUUAUCUGCAGCCUGUGAAAGCCUCAAACUCACCAUAGAAAAUAUCACCCAACAGAAACAGGCAUUUUCGUGUCAGCUUGAGUCCCUGAAAGACUCGCAGACGGAUGAGUUGUCGGAGUGGAAAUCUAAGCACACAGAGCUGAAACAGGAGUAUGAGUCACUUUUACAAGCGUACGAGAAUGUCAGUAGCGAAAUGGACAAGAUGAGACAACUAUUGGAGGGGGCAAGAAGAGAGAGACAAGAAGCGCUGGUUAAAGCACACAAAUCUGAAGCUGAGAGGGAGAAUCUGGAGAAACAAGUUGGGGAGAUGGAGGAUGAAAAUGAGAAAAUUAAAGAGAAGAUGAGAAAGUUUACUAAGGUGAAGCAGCUGAAAAUGGAAGAGCUGGAGGAGGAGAAUAAACAAAUCAGAAUAGACUUGCUAGAGUUUGAUGAUAAGCAGAAAGCCACAGUUGAAGAGUUGACUAUUAAAAACAACCACUUGGAAGCAGAUAUCCACAGCCUUGUAGAGUCCUCAGAAGCACUCAGAAGGAAGCUAACAGAGAUUCAGCUCAACAAUGGCAGUCUGGCAGAGGCACUCAAAGAAGCAACCUGUUCAUUAGAAAAGUGGCCCACCGAAUCAAAAGCAUGUGAGCAAAACAUGCAGCUUAAACUAGAUGAUGCACUCAUUUUGAAUAAUUCACUGACUGCCCAGAUUGAGUCACAGAAGACAGAACUUGCUUCCCAACAGGAAAUCAAUAAAUUAAUGCAAAAGGAGAAAGAAACUCUCUCUGAAAGACUUAAACAAAUGCAGAAUAAGCAUGAAAAGGAAUUGGGAGAAAAAGACGAUGCAAUCUCAGAGCUCCAAGAAAUGAUCAACAGACACAGCCAAGAGACCACCAGCCUAAAUGAGAAGGUCAGGAUCUUGGAGGACGACAAGUCUAUAUUACAAGAGGAGCUUGAAAAUGUCCAAGUGAUCUCGGACAAAGUAAAAAAUGAGAAUGAAUAUUUGGAGAUAGUGAUCCUCAAAAACGCUGAAAGAAUUGAUGAACUGACAGAGACAGUCAAUGUUCUCCAAGCCCAGAACACACAGCUCUCCUCUCAAUUGACUGAGAGCAAAGAGAAGGCUACUCAGGUUUGCCAGGAGAAGGAGGAACAGCAGCUGAAGUUGGUUAAGGAGUUUGAGGAGAAACUCAAAAUGUUCCAGAGAGGCAAUGAGGGCUCCAGAAAUAUAAAGAAGGAGCUACAGGAACUGCUGAAAGAAAAGCAUCAUGAAAUCAAUCAUUUGCAACAUGACUCCAUCAAAUACCAGGAGCUGAUUUUAGACCUAGAAAGGUCGCUGAAGGAUUCAGAGUCAGCGCAUGAACAGGUGGAGAAGGAGCUGAGGGAAAUGACAGAGAGGAUAUCUUGUCUAGAAGAAGGGAGGAGGCAUCUUGAAGCUGAGCUUACCACACACAAGAACCUUCUCAAUGAGGCAAAGAAAGAUUUGACAAACAUUAACUCUGAAAAAGACCAAUUGCUUGAGGUAGUAUCAGAAAAGAACAAUCAAUCAGAAUGCCAGGUCAUGGAAAGAACUAAAGCACUACAGCAUGUAGCUGAGCAGCAAAAGAGUAUUUUCAUGGAGAGGGAGGUGAUUUUACAGCAACAUAUAGAGGAACUUCUGGGUUCCAAGGAGAAGGAGAGUCAGGUAGUUUUAGAAUUGAAGAGGAAAAUAGAUUCUCAAGAUUUACAGAUGAAUACUCUGAAGAGAGAGGCUGACACUAAUUUGGCUAAGUUAGCAGCCCUGUCCUCUAGUCCUCAGGGUACUGAUGCUGUGAAACAGUGGAAUGAUAUGUUCCUAAAUACCUUGCAUGAGAAGGACAGCCAGCUUCUAGAACAGGGCUUUGUCAUAACGAGAUUCCUUGAAGACAUUCGAGUGAAGGAGAAGGAGAUGACUGAACUGCAGGUAACCAAGUCGAGGCUCGAAAGGACACUUGGUGAUUACACAGUAGCUGCCACAGCUCAGCAGAGGCAGUUGUUUAUAAUGGGUGCCAGCAAUAGAGAGCUUAACGAAACCGUGGAGCUCCUGAAUCAACAGUUGCAGGAACUGAGUGACCAGGUUGAGAGAUUAGAACAGGAUAGGAGUGCACUCAACAGACAUCUCACUGGCAGUGUAGAUUCCACAUCUAAAAUGAAGUUUGAUCUCCAGCAGCUGGAAAAUACACUCUUAGACACAGAGUCCCAGCUACUCCUCUCGCAGUCUCACAGCGACAUGCUUCAGGUUGAUUUUGAGAAACAGGAGGCCAUUUCACUGCACCUGAAGUCACUCCUGCAGAACAAAGAUGCAGAAAUCUCCUCUCUGCUGUCCUCCAGAGAUGGACAGAUGUCUGGGUAUCUAGAACAGCUGCAAGCCAAUCACCGUGCCCAGGUUGAAGGCUAUGACGACAGGCUAACUGCCUUGUACUAUGAAAGGGAGAAAGCUGACAAGGAGUUCAGAAGGCUGGAGAACAAAGUAAAAUCCCUUCAAAUGAAAGUUGACAAGUCCAUUCAGGAAAAGGAAAAAAUGGCUUCUCAGAUGGAAACAUUCAGGCACUCCAUGGUCUCCUUGCAGACAGAGAGAGAGCGUUUGAUGUCAGAAUAUAGGAUGUCUGAGGCAAGGAAUCAGACUGUAAUGCAAGGCAAGGAGGGGUUGGCUGAAGGAGACCUCAGUGCAACCAAGGGCCUUAAACACGAGAUUAGGACUCUCCUUCAUCAGAUGGAUGAUCUGAACUCUGAGAAUGCCAUGCUCAGGGCACAGCUGAUCAGAUAUAGAGAAGACUUGAAUCAGGUCCUUUCCUUGAAGGACAGCCAGUUGAAAGAGUUGCUCAGGAAGCAGCAAGAUGCCAUCAAAAACCUGGAAAACCAAAAAGCCACAGCUGAAAAGCAGAACCGGAAGACCCUUCUAGAACUCGAGAGGGAAGGAGAGGCAAGCGAUGCCUUAAAAGCUGAGAAUUCCAAACUUCAAACACAGGUCACUGAUCUGGAAGCUAACAUAUUGGCCCUGAAUAAGGGAAUGCAAGAAACGAAUAAAGGCAAAGUGAUUGCCGACUUGCAGCAUGCCGUGGCAGCCAAAUCUGCGGAAUGUAACGACCUCCAGCAAAAACUGUUUGCUCAGAAAGUGGCAGCGGAUGACUGGAAAGGCAGCCUGCAGCUCCUGGAGCGUGAGACUGAGAAGAAACUGGGAGAGGCAGAGGACAAGUACAACAGUGAGCUCGAUGCCUUUGAACAAGAAGUCGAACUGAUGAGAAAAGAGAAGGAGACCGCUGACCAGAGGGUUGCUGAGCUGGCCAGGGACCUGAUGCAAGCUGAGAAGCUGCUGUCCGAUGCUAGAGUCCAAAGCACGGACCUGAAGUCCCAGAACGAGUCUCUGGGUAAAGCCAUGGCCGCCUUGCAGAACGACCGCGACCAGCUCAUCGAGGACUUCAAGAUCCUCCGGAACCGAUAUGACGAGGAGCUCCGAGAGACCCAGGGGGCCAUGACCAAGGUGGAGAGACAUCUAGGCGACACAACCUCAGAGCUGGCCACCUUGGCGAAAGAGAGACACAUACUGGUACAGAAACUCUCUGCUCUAGAGAGCAAAGAUGCUCCCUCCCAGCUCACUUCACUGGUAGACGAUCUGUCUGUGGCCUUGUCAGAGAAGGAAGGGCAGCUCCAACGGGUUUCCCUGGAAAACGACACGUAUAGCAGUAAGGUAUCGGCUUUCUCUAGGUCCAUGGCCAGCCUCCAAGAUGACCGAGACCGGCUGAUGGAGGAGCUGGCUGGGGCAAAGAGGGCAUUCGAGUCCAGGCAAGGAUUAGGUCCAGAGGUAGUAGACAUCGCGAACACAGGGGAGUCAAAUAGCCAUAGAAGCAGUGGUAUUCAGGCCCUUCAGACUGGGAGAGAUGGGCUGACGAGACAGAGGGUGGAUGAGAUGCAGAGCGCCUUGCAGCAGGCACAGGCCUUCAAACUGCAGACUGAAACAGAAGUCAGUGGGUACCAGGCAGAGCUGGCUGAACUGAGGUCUGAGAGUAGCAGGCUGCAUUCUGAGUGCCAGCGUCUGGCUGGGGAGAGGAAGGAGACCAUGGCCCUGGUGGGGAAGGAUGUGUCUGAUGACCCGUCACUGACCCAGCUCCAGGCAGAGAGAACUCAGCUGCAGAGUCACCUGCAGCGCUGCCUCUAUGAGAUCCAGCAGAGAGAUCUGCACUGCCAGCAGCUCAACGCCAAGCUGCAGCAGGUGGUGGAGGAGAAAGGGGGUGUGUCGGCCCAGCUGAGGGCAGUGUCUCAGACGCUGAGAGACACCCAGAACCGCUGCUAUUGGCUGGAGAACCAGGCCCUGCCUAACCAGCACCACCAGGGCCUUGCAAAGCAGGGGGCGCUGUCUGUAGAAGUGGCUCCGGGAGCUCCCCAGGAGAGGAGCAGUGCUGUGGUAGACAUGGAAGCACUGGAGGCCGGCGAGCUCAGGACCAGGCUGGUGGAGGUGGAGCAGAGCGUGGUUCAGCUAAGUGAGAGUCUGGCUGAAGAGAGGACCAGGAGGGAAGCAGCCGAGGAAGCUCUGGGACUGGCUGAGGACAGAGCCAAGAGCGUUGACUCCAGUCCAUCCAGGACGACCCAGAGAGACUUCAGCAUCCAGCUGGAUACAGAGGAGGAGUGGGAGGCCCUCAUCCUCAACCCCAACGAACCCCUGGUCACACGCAAGGUGAAAGGCGGGAUGCUGGCCUGCAGGCGCUGGCUUCGGGGGCGGAGCCUGUACUGCUCCAAGCUGCUGACAUCACGGGCCCGCUCGCGCUACCUCUUCCUUGGCUACCUGCUGAUUCUGCACGUGGCUGUCCUCAUGUGCCUCACCGGUGCCCUCUAGUGCUGUGGGGUGAAAACAAUCACAAAUUGCAGAUAGAAAUAUAAUUUAUAGAGCAGACUAAGGCACGUUUCCUCCAUAACAAAGACGGUUUGUUCUGCGCAAUGUUUUUCUAUGUAGUUCACUUGACGCUGGGGGUGUUAACAUUGCAGAUACAAAUGUCAUGUGUAGACAAGACACCAUGGCCCGUUUCCUCCACGACAAAGAGGAAUGUCUGUUCUACUCCAUUUCGAGGUAGUUAACCAUGUCUUUUUCCCCUGGAAUGUUAUUCCACCUUUUAGAAUAAGCUGCAGGGUUUUGUCUAGUAUCCAGAGUUUUCAUAAGAGUGAGGGCUUUUGGGGUGUGUCUCAAGUCUUGUGGCUUCUUCGCCUCACCUCCUUCCCUUGGUUCUCAAUGGUCUGAAAAGAAAAUGGACAGCUGAAAGUGAAUCCUUUGGUUAGAUCCUACCUUCUUGUUUUCACCCAUUUUUUUUGUCAGAUCAGUGCAGACGGAGGCGAGAGGAAGAAGACUGUUAUUGACUAUUAAGACUCAGCCUUUGGAGUGUCUCAGGAGAAAGUGCCGUUUCAAUCCUGUCUGUUAUGUGUUAAAGCCUGAGACGGAACAGAAAGCCAUAUCCAUUCUACAUGAACGCUAGCCUAAGACGUGUGUGUGUGUGUGUGUGUGUGUGUGUGUGUGUGUGUGUGUGUGUGUGUGUGUGUGUGUGUGUGUGUGUGUGUGUGUGUGUGUGUGUGUGUGUGUGUGUGUGUGUGUGUGUGUGUGUGUGUGUGUGUGUGUGUGUGUGUGUGUUUGAAACACAUUUGUGUGCACAGGUGUGUGUGUUCAUUUGCACGUGUACAAUAAAUAAACACUAGUCCACUGUUAUCUCAUUUAGAUUCACAUUGGAGAACAAAGACUGGUGUAAGUCUAAGAUGAUUCAUCAACAACAUGAUGGAACUGCCCCACUCAGACUGAUGCUGAUGUCUGGCAAGACACAGAUACGGUAUUUCAGGAGAGAAGGGUGGAAAAAGCCAAUAGUACUAUUUCUGCAAAGAUGCCUAUGUUAUUGCACUGCUGCUCAACCCUUCUCCCCAAUACCAAACCCACUGUGUGCUCAACCUGGCACUACCAGGCUAUGGCACAAUGUUCCCUUUGGCACCCCCUGGUGUCUCCUGGGUAAUAACUGUCUCAUGGUGGCCUUGGCACAAUUAUAAGGUCUAUUCUAUAGCUGCUGCAUUCAAAGCUAUGCACUAAAACUCUCAUCAGGGGGUGUUUUUUUCCCUUCUCUCCUUCAGAAAAGAUAUUCAACAUAAUGUAGGGCCAGGAGUUUUAUCUGACCACGUGUCCUGAUAAGGAAAUACUGAUCUGGACCCUAGUAACGUGAUCUAACUGGACCCUAGUAAUAGGAUCUAACUGGGCCCUAGUAAUAGGAUCUAACUGGGCCCUAGUAAUAGGAUCUAUCUGCACCCUAGUAAUAGGAUCUAACUGGGCCCUAGUAAUAGGAUCUAACUGGGCCCUAGUAAUAGGAUCUAACUGGACCCUAGUAAUAGGAUCUAUCUGGACCCUAGUAAUAGGAUCUAACUGGACCCUAGUAAUAGGAUCUAACUGGCCCCUAGUAAUAUGAUCUACUGGACCUUAGUAAUUGGAUCUAACUGGAACCUAAAGGUUUUACCUUGUCAGAUCACAUGGUCUGAAGAAUAUCCUCCUACCCCGUUUGUGAGCAUGUACCCUGGUAAGUGUGUAAGUAAGAUGUUGUAUUUAAGGGUGGAGUGUAAAAGGGUGCAAGUGUGCACCCUUGAUAGUCUACUGUGUGUAUUUCUGUAUCUGUAUUUGUUGCUCUGUGCCCCACAAUGCUCUGUUGUUCACUGUACAUUUCUACUUCAUCUGUCGAUUGAUUACAUGCUGAUUUAAUCACUUGAUUGAUAGUGCAGGGUGGCAAUUCACAAAGCAGGAGGCAAUAUGUCAGCCAUCUUACUUUGAGAUAUAAUUUGUAUUUCUCUGGUUCGUAUCUCAUCUGUUUCAAGUUUAGCAUGGGAAGUACUGAGAGAAUGUCAUACUAAUAACAAGUGUGUUUUACCUCUCUGCACUAGGAAAUAUGAAGCCUGAGUGACAAGCUGUUUGUUUGUGUCAUCAUGCCAACUCUUUCUCACUCAUUGUUAUACCAAACACGUUUGGCUUGACAAUGAGCAAUGGAGUUGGCCAGAACACAAACAGAUUUGGGACCAGGAUAGGAAAUCUAGUGUUUCAGAAUAUUUACGGUAGUUAGCCAGCUGAGCUAAAAACAUUGCUCCUGCUUUGUGGGAUACCACCAUAGAGAAUGAUAGAGGCCUCUAGUGGCCAAAAGGCUGUAUUAGCAUGGGCAGCGCCAUUGAGGGCUUCCACAAUUUUAAUGUAGUCAACUGGGUUGGACUUCCAACUUCAUUGGCUGAUCCCUCCUGGUGACCCUGCUGGAGUCAUGUCCAACCGGGUCAUUAGGAGGGAUCAGCUAAUCGUGAAGAAGAAGAUUGACUACUUCAAUGACACUGCCCAUGCUGUCAGACGCUGUGAUGGCACAGAUACAAAGAUAAUGGAUACCACCCUGUUCUAACGUUGGGGUUGUGGUCCUGAUGGUCUGUAUAGAUGAGUCCUCUAUCUAUCUCUAUGGAUACCACCCUGUUCUAACGUUGGUGUUGUGGUCCUGAUGGUCUGUAUAGAUGAGUCCUCUAUCUAUCUCUAUGGAUACCACCCUGUUCUAACGUUGGGGUUGUGGUCCUGAUGGUCUGUAUAGAUGAGUCCUCUAUCUAUCUCUAUGGAUACAACCCUGUUCUAACGUUGGUGUUAUGGUACCGUGGUCCUGAUGGUCUGUAUAGAUGAGUCCUCUAUCUAUCUCUAUGGAUACCACCCUGUUCUAACGUUGGUGUUAUGGUACCGUGGCCCUGAUGGUCUGUAUAGAUGAGUCCUCUAUCUAUCUCUAUGGAUACCACCCUGUUCUAACGUUGGUGUUGUGGUCCUGAUGGUCUGUAUAGAUGAGUCCUCUAUCUCUAUGAAUUACCACCCUGUUCUAACGUUGGUGUUAUGGUACCGUGGUCCUGAUGGUCUGUAUAGAUGGUGUGAUUGAGGAAAGGAUGACAAAAUACAUCUAUUUAUAAGAGGAAAUGCUACUGAGUGAAAACAAAAUGUCAUAUUUUCUAAAUAGGCUCUAUUUUUUAGAAGUCAAAUCGUUUGGACAGCAAUACUAUCCUAUCCAGGCAUUAAUGGGUUCAAUACCUUGAGGUUGACUUUCACGAAGAAAGGAAUUUUAAUAAAUCUGUUUGAAAAACACGA